AUGAAUGUUCGGGCAAAGCGGCCAGCUGUAUCUUCUUCCUCCUCCUCUGCUCCUCGGUCUCGCAGGUCUCGACAUCUCGAUUUCUUUUCUGGCCUUCCUCAAUAUGUUGAUUCUGGUGAUUGCAGCUGUGUUUGUGAAUUCUGUGGUGUGUAUUUCUGGUAUCUUGAAAGGGUUGCUAAGUUUUCGACACCUGCUCAUCCGAGGUAUAGUCAUUGUUGUCGGGAUGGAGGUGUUGUUCUUCCAUAUCCUCCUGCAUUUGACCCCGAUUUCGUUGCCCUUUAUGAGAAUGUAAGUUUUAUGAAGGAUAUUAGGGCAUAUAAUAGCAUGUUUUCCAUGACUUCUUUUGGGGCGAAUGUAGAUCACGCUGUUAAUGAAGAUCGUGGGCCUUAUGUUUUUAAGAUAUGUGAGCAGAUUUCUCAUACGAUUAGAUCACUAUCUCCGGAUCCUGUAAAGGGUCCCAGGUUUCUUCAACUCUAUCUAUUUGAUAUAGAGCACGACGUUCAAAAUAGAUUGAAGGCGAUUGAUGGUCCAAGGAAGAGGGAUUUAGAUGGUAAUAUUGUCCAUUUUCUUGUAGGGUUCUUGGGGGCUAAUAAUGAAUACGUACGGACAUUUAAAAGUGCUAAGAUUAUGGCGGAUGAGUGUAAUCUAGACCUGUAUGCAGUCUGUCUAUUUAACAAUGUGCCUGAUCGUACAUACGGGUUGCCCUCUCCUGGAUCUUUAGGUUGUAUAGUAACUGGAGAUGAUGCAACCUGCACCACGUAUGACAUUGUUGUGUUUCCCACUCGGGUCGACCUAAACGGAUUAGUAAGCUGCAUCCAAGUUAUAUGCCCUUGCAAUACCUGCUAUUGUUUCCAUAUGGUGAGGAAGGAUGGUCUCCCCGUUUGA